UUUCGAUAUAAACAUUAAGCCUUUACCGUAAAUUCUUCUCACCAGGAUCCCAUUAGAUGUUGUCAAAACAAAGUCAACGGUGGGGAGAAUAUUGAUAGUGUCCGGAUCAACUGGGCAAUAUAAAUUCUCAAGAUUUAUUUGGCCAGGAAUGGAUCGUUUUUCCAUUAAUCUCCACCAUCUCCACAGUGCUUAAUUCAGCAUGUCCAACACCGGGAUGUUCCUGCGAGACAACAGCGGCAGCAUCAUCUUCAGCCUCUGCAUGAUCGUCUGCGUCCUCUACUGCCUCAUAUGCAGCAGAUGCCGUCGCCACCGCAACCGCGCCGAUCGGCCGCCGCAGGCUGCUCUUGCCAUGUCCGCCGGCGGAGCUGCGACACGCGACGAGCCUCUCGAUGCCGGUCUCAGCCAGUUGGCCAUCGACGCGCUGCCGGCCUUCGCACACCAUGUGGAUUGCAAAGACACCUGCCCCACGACCCAAUGUGCGGUCUGCUUGAAUCCGGUGAUGGAAGGGGAGAUGGUGAGGCUGCUGCCCGGCUGCAGACAUGCCUUCCACGUCGAGUGCAUCGACAUGUGGUUGCACUCACACUCGCUGUGCCCGCUGUGCCGGGCCGAAGCCAAGCCACCGGCGCCAGCCGAGAAGGUGGAAUUGCGCAGAGAUCCCGGCCCUCAGCCUCUGCCGAUGGUGUAGGCAGGGCCUGGUUGUGCCUCUCGGGGCUUCGAAAGGGCAUUCACUAUUCUGUAUUUGACUAUCACACGUUUGCAAAGGUUAUUCUAUACAUGUACACGAUUCUAAACAACGCAAAAAUGCUCUGAACAUUCUUGUCAUGGCUGUGGUUUGUGGAGGAAAUAUAUGACAUCUGUUCUCGACAAAGACAACUGAGAUUUCUGCCACUCGAUCAAUGCCAAGUGCACAAAGCUUUGCUGAUGUGGGCAUGAAUAGGUGGCGGCCUAAUCCGCAAACCAAAGCCUGAAUAACCGGGGUUAGCUACCGGCAGGUAAUCUAAUUUAGAGUCGAAGAGCGAGAUCGAAAUGUUUGGUUUGGACAGACAUGUUUACAUCUGUGAUGUUCUAUUAAUUUGGUCGAACAUAUAGCACCAUACAUCCAUCGAAUUCUUCUAAAUCAAUCUUAAUUUUUAUCGAAAUUAAACCGGAACAUCAGGGAAAGUGCAACUAUGGAACGGUGGAUCGCGUCACUCCGUUAAGCACACAGGAACUCCCUAAGAGAUGCAUCGAGUUUCCUGGGAUGAAAUAGCGUACCUCAACCUUCCAGAUAUGCAACAACAAGAAAUCUUGGUACACAGGAAUCCUUCAUGUACUGUGGCACACACGCAUAUGGAAGCUAAUAGACCCACCAAACCAGAUGACCAGGACCGAGGAGACCGACGACGCACAGUAUUUACCACCUCUUGUUCCGCACCUUCCGUUAUCCAAAUUACCAGACCCCCAACAAUGCCGGACGCAUUCCUCCUCUGUUCACCAA